AAGCAAGAUGUUGCGUUUACUUCUAUUGACUUUCGUAGCGUUGCUGCUUCUUGAUUGCACUGUGAUAAAGGGGGCAAAGGUUGCUUGGCAACAUGGCACCGCUGAACAUAAUAGCAAAACGGAUCCUGACAUCUUGUGCAAGCCCGAACUGUGCCCUGAUGGAUCGAAGCACGUUGGUUGCUUUCCAAAAAGGAUAAUGCAUCCGGAUUGCAAAAAAAAUAAUGACACUUUGUCGCCUGUAAAUGGAAGUCUGCGGGGCCGUAUUUUGAUAAGAGUCAAUAUGUUGCGCAAUCUGGUGGCCAGCGGCCUGACCGCACUUUCGGCCGCUGCUCACAUGCCUACCAUGAGCUGGGACAGAGAUUUGGCAACCAUGGCAAGAUUAUGGCUCCGCCAAUGCAAUCGUGAAGCUAAGUUUUGUGCGAAUUUGGAUAAAUAUCAUUAUGUUGCCACUUCCGAGCUGGAGGGAGAGGUGAGAAGAGGAAGGCCUCUUGUUGAUGUCUUAGAUAAGAUUGUGGCCAACUGGUUGGAUGAUGUUAUGGGCUGUCGCAUGGACAACGACCACCGAAUUGUGCCCAGUAAGGAGGGAGCCUGCGUUGGUCACUAUAUACCAUUGGUGCAGGACUAUGGUAACCACAUGGGUUGUGGAAUGCGCGCGUACUCAAGUAGUGUGAAUCGUACUCAAAUUUUCACACUACUCUGCCUUUUCUCGCGCGCCAAUGUCAACAACUUGCCGCCCUAUGAGAUUGGCGAAAUUCCUGGCGAGAAAUGCACCGCCGGCAAGAGUCAAGUGUACAAGAGCCUGUGCAAUCUGGAUGAGGUUGUGGACGCAAAUUAUGUGGAAGAUCCAAACGAAGCAACUCCAGGCAGCAAAUAUAGACUGCGCCUCACUGUACUGCAUCUGUGCGUCUGGCCGCACAUCCUGGGCUUUGACUACUGCGAUCCUGUGCUAUGCCCCGGUCCUGAGAAGCACAUUGCCUGCAAUAAUUUUGGCGAGCUGGCCGAGAGUUGCAGUCCGGAUGCGCAUAUAGUACGCAUAACACCAGCGCGUCGGGACAUGAUUCUCAAUGAGCUCAAUGACUAUCGCGAUCGUAUUGCCCGUGGCGAUCUAAUGGGCUUCAGUCCAGCCACACGCAUGGCCACCUUGCAGUGGGAUCAGGAGCUGGCGAGCUUUGCUGAACUGAACGUGAAGCGCUGUUCCUUGGUCAACGAUCAUUGUCGCAACAGUGAGCAGUUCCGAAAUGUCGCUCAGGUGGUGGCCGAGGGUGGAUGGCAGGGGGCGCCCAAUCAGCAGGCGGGCUCACAACCAGUGGAAUACCAUUCCGAGGAUGAGGUCAUCAAGGCCACACUGGAGCAAAUGUUUGCCGAGUAUAAGGAGUGCAGCAUGCGUGACAUUAUUGCCUAUAGUCCACCAAUCAACAGAAUUUUGCAUUUGCGCAUCAGCAAGUGCAUUGCGUAUUUUACACAGCUGGUCCGCGACAGCACCACACAUGUGGGUUGCGGAAUUCUGCGUCAGACACGCAACACAUCCACAUCCGCUGCCGGGAACGCUGGCCAGUGGGUGCUCAGCACGCAUCAGUAUAUGACCUGUAACUUUGUGCGCGGAAACGAUGUCAAUAUGCCGGUUUAUCAGAGCGGGGAUCGGCCAGCAACCGAGUGCCGUACUGGUCGCAAUCCGGCAUUCAUAAAUCUGUGCUCCGUGAAUGAAUUUGUUUCGUGUGAGGGACCCUUUGCCCAGGCACUCCAAUCGGUGCUGCAGAGCCUUGCACAUGACAAUGCCAAACAUAAUAAAGGCUACCAUCAGACUGGUGUAGGUGAGCGAACAUAUGAGUCGCGCAGGUCGGCGAAAACAAACGAAAUGGCUUUUGUAAUUAUCGCGUUAGUUUUCGCAGCUAUUGGGCUGCUUUACAAAUGGCUAGUGUCGAAAUAUCAGACUUUUAGCGAGCGCGGUGUGCCCCAUGAAACACCUACAGUGCUGCUGGGUAACAUAAAGCUUAAAGCCCUGUUGGGUCUGGAGCCCUUGCUGCAGUCUAUGAUCGAUCAGUAUUUGAAGUUUAAGAGCUGCAAAGUGUAUGGUGUUUACAAUAUGCGGGACCCGUUCUUUAUACUGCGCGAUGCUGAGCUGAUCAAAAAAGUUGGCAUCAAAGAUUUUGACCAUUUUGCGAAUCAUCGUUCAGUGCUCAGUGAUUCGAAGGAGCCUUUGAUAUCGCGAAGUCUCAUAGCAUUGAAGGACCAGAAGUGGAGGGAGAUGAGGAAUACGCUGACGCCCUCGUUUACUGGCAUCAAAAUGCGGGCCAUGUACGAGUUAAUCAACGCCUGCAGCAUUGAGGGGGUCAAAUAUAUUGGCGGGGAGCUUGAACGAAGCCAGGAAUUAAAUACGGAAGGCAUAGAACUGGAGAUGAAGGAUUACUUUACACGUUUUGCCAACGAUGUCAUAGCUUCGGCUGCCUUUGGCAUCAAAGUGAACUCUUUUGUGCAAAAAGAAAAUGAGUUCUAUACUAUUGGGCAAUCGGUGACACAGUUCAAGGGCUUGGCGAUGGUAAAGGCGAUACUCUACGGCAUUAUUCCUCGAAUUAUGACGGCACUGCGCAUUAGGCUCUUCGAUCAAAAGAAAAUAAACUACUUUAAUGGCUUGGUGUUCGAUGCUAUGAAAUAUCGCAAAGAACACAAUAUAAUACGACCCGAUAUGAUACAUUUGUUGAUGGAGGCCAAGCGGCAGUUUGAGGAGCAACAAAGAUCCUCCCAAAACACCGGCAAUGGGCAUCAACACGCAGAGUUCAACGAUGAGGACUUGUUGGCACAGUGUUUGCUCUUUUUCUUUGCUGGAUUUGAAACCGUUUCCACUUGUCUUUGUUUCGCCACUUACGAGCUGUGCAUGAAUCCUGAAGUGCAGUCCAAGCUAUAUACCGAAAUCUCAGCAGUGGAGCAGGAAUUGCAAGGCAAGCCCUUGGACUACGACACGCUCACAAAGAUGAAGUAUAUGGAUAUGGUCAUAUCGGAAUCUCUGAGAAAAUGGCCGCCAGCCAUUGCCACUGAUCGGUUGUGCAGUGCGGACAUCGAUUUGCGCGACGAGAAUAAUGAGUUGGUGGUCAAGUUGAAGAAGGAUGAUCUUCUUUUUGUGCCCAUUCUGGCCAUGCAUCAUGAUCCUGAAAAUUUCCCAGAGCCCGAGAGUUUCAAACCAGAACGCUUUUCAGAUGAGCAAAAGCAUGAGAUCAAACCCUUCACGUAUUUGCCUUUUGGCGUCGGUCCACGUAAUUGCAUCGGCAACCGGUUCGCCUUAAUGGAGGUAAAGUCUAUUAUUUACCAUUUGGUAUUGAACUUCAAUUUGGUGCCGGCGGCAAAAACUGUGCGGGAUAUGUUAAAGAAUAUAACUGGCUUGCGUUUUCAGCCCAAAGAUAAAUUUUGGCUUAAAUAUGUGCCGAGGGAAAGAACCUGAACCAAAAAAUUAAAAUUUUGAUUAAAUAAUGCACGAUACAUUUAAAAAAUAAUUUAUGCAUAUGAUCAAUGGAAAAACUUCAACAAAUCCAACUCAGUUCCAUUCUAAGGCGAAAUAGUGCGUCAUAAUAAUGAACGUGUGGUCGACUUUAUAUGGAAAAUUUUUUUGUAGGCCUGCCUACGCCCUUGAAAAUAGUUAAAACAUAUUUGAAUCUAGUUAUAAGUACUGUGUAUACCAUGUAAACUACAAUAGUAUACCCUUUUUAUUAAAAAAAGUAUAAACGAAUUAAAAUCAUUUGUAAGUACUGUAAUUCGUAUGAUCGGUCUACAGAAAUAUAUUUAAAAAACAAGUUUGCAAAAUAUAAUAUUUUAAGUAAAUAUCAAGAGAAUUAUUGGUCGCAAAAAAAUAUAG